GUGCCUGUUUAAAUUGUCAUAUUUAGGUCGGAUUGAUUGCAAAGACACUUCCAGAAGGCCUGAGAACUUGCAAAACAGAGAAGAAAUGUCGGAGAGCAAGAGAACGGUAAAGCUGUUUUGCCCGUCGUUAUCGAAGGCGGUGCAGCUGGUGGCCGAUGAAAACCAGAGGCUCGACCUUGGCUCUAUUGCCCGGAGCUUCGGCCUGGAACCGGCGACGUUGAAGUUAAACGGUCACUUCAUAAGUAGGGGAGUCGAUCUUAUUGCAUCGUCCGUCACCUGGAAGUCUCUAAUCUCGUUUUUCUCAUCACGAGGACUUUCUACCGGAACUAGUGGUUCCGGCGCCCUAGUUAUCGACGGCAAGCUAUCCAAAUCCGGCUCUAAAAGAACACAUGAUUCGGUAGAUGGGACUCCGAGCAUGAGCGAUAGGGGAUACGACAACAUCAAUAGGAGACCACCGCUUGAGGACUCAAACUCGAUCAAAAAAACAAAGUUCAAAGAUCCGGAUGUCGAUAACGGAAGUCGUAAACACUUUAUAACUAAUGCUUUGAAAAGAAAGCAAGAAGAUGCCAGUUCUUCUUUAAAGAGGUUGAAAGUGGAUGAAUCAGGUUCACAAUACACCUGCUCCGAAACCCUUUCCAAAACACGACUUCCGUGCAGUUUUCUGAGCAUAAAUAUGAAGCGGAUGAGAGAGGACGAAAUGGUUCUCCCGGCUUCUUGCAAGAAAAUCAGAUAAUAUCAAGACACCAACUGUAAGCAAGUAGACUGCAUAUAUAUACUAGAUUUGAACCUAUUAUUUUCUUUCUGCAUCGACAAUUUUUAAAAAUCGAUAGGUGUGUUAUGUGCUGUUCUUGUUGUAUUACGUAUACUGAAAACUUGCAUUUUGCCUCGAUGUAAUGUAAUAUUCUUUCAUCUC